CACAGGAGAAUGGAGGAGGGGAGCGAGGAGCCGGCAGCCUUCUCCGUCCGGCUCUUCAGCCUGCAGGAGGAGCAGGAGGAGCAGGAGGAGCUGGAGGAGCUGGAGGAGCUGGAGGAGCCGGGGGGCGAGGAGCUGCGCCUGGACCCCCACAGGGUUUCACAGGCUGAUGAAGAGCCGGUGAAGGUGUGCAGACUGAGAGCCGAGCAGGAACUGACUCUGCUCCUCCAACCAGGACUGGAGGCUCAGCAGCUCACGGUGCAGGAGGAUGACGGCGCGUCGGUCCUUCACUUCACCGUUUCCAAGGAGACGGAGUGUUGCCGGGUCGGGGGACAGUCCUUUUUGAUAACAUCCGGAAACCUGAGCGUUCUGCUGCAGUUCAAAACUCCUUGUGAUCUGCAGAACUUCCUGCGGCUCUUAAGGAGAGGAGACGGCAGAGGGCGCAGGAGAGGAUGCAAAGAAGGAGGCGGCAGAGGAGGCGAGGGACUGGAGGGCGAGCAGGAGCCGUCGAGGAGACACGCGAGUGUGUCCGAGCUGCAGGCUGAGGCCUCCUCCUCGUCCACACACAGCCUCCAGGUCCACGGCUGCCUGUCCCAACAGCAGAGCCUGCUUCAGGAUUACACGAGGACAGCCACCUAUCAGAGGGCUUUCCUGGUCAACGAGGCCGACUUCAAAGACAAGGUGGUUCUGGAUGUGGGCUGUGGCUCUGGCAUGCUGUCGUUCUUUGCGGUCCAGGCAGGAGCCAUGAGAGUGUAUGCUGUUGAGGCCGGCCCCAUGGCCAAGUACGCACAGAUCAUGGUCCAGAGUAACGGUCAGUCCAGGCGGAUCGCGGUCCUGGAGGGGGGGGUGAAGCAGGUCGACUGUCCCGACAUGGUGGACGUCAUCGUGUCGGAGCCGAUGGGCUACAUGCUGCUCAGCGACAGGAGCAUGGAGAGCUUCCUGCACGCCAGGAAGUGGCUGAAACCCGACGGUCUGAUGUUUCCCUCCUGUGGUGACAUUCAUCUGGCUCCCUUCACUGAUGAGCAGCUCUACAUCGAACACUACGCACGAGCCAGUUUCUGGCAGCAGAGGUGUUUCUACGGCGUCAACCUCAGCGGUCUUCACAGCGCUGCUGUCGAUGAGUUUUUCAGGCAGCCCAUUGUGGACACGUUUGAUGUGCAGAUCCUGAUGGCCAGGUCUGUCAAGUACUGCAUCAACUUCAUGGAGGCUAAAGAGGAAGAUUUGCACAGAAUGGAGAUCCCCUUUGUGUUCACGCUGCUGCAGUCUGGUCUCGUCCACGGCCUCGCCUUCUGGUUUGAUGUGGCCUAUCUGGGAUCCAAGUCGGCGGUGUGGCUCUCCACAGCUCCCAGUGAGCCUCUGACUCGCUGGUAUCAGGUCAGGUGUUUGCUGCAGACGCCGCUUUUCGCCAAACUGGGACAAACCUUGUCUGGGACCGUCCUGCUCACCACCAACAAGAGGCAGAGCUACGACAUCCACAUCACAGCCACCGUCGACCAAUCAGGCUUCAGAUCAGGAAACAGCUUGGACCUCAAAAACCCGUUCUUCAGGAUGCCGUGCUGGCUGCAUGGCUAGAGGACACGCUGUGACCCAGGAGGAGGAGGAGGAGGAGGAGGUCUGGGACAGGCAGCUUCUCCUCCAGAAUGAAGGGUACCACAUGAGGAAUCAUCGGAUGCCGCAGCUCCAAGACACACACAUUCACACACACACACACACACAC